CUGAGAAGGCGGCAUUGCCUGGGGUCCUCCCCCCCCCCUCUCCCCGCGGUGGUAGCGCCGGUUGUCCGCCAGUGACGGUUUUAAAUGGCAGACGGUGAAAACAGCGACGAGGUUUUAAAGUUGCCAAGUGCUGAGGGGGAGGAGGAGAGAGCAAAGUCCUUUCGUUUCCAGGAGCUGCCCAGACUGACAGAGACCAAAGAUAAUUAUACAAAUAUGAAUGUCUCACAGCUGAACGAUGAAGAGUUGAAAGAGCAACUCAUGAAGCAUGGAGUUACACCUGGUCCAAUUGUGGCCACUACCAGAUCAGUUUAUGAAAAGAAGCUCCUGAAGCUGAUGGGGCAGGGUCCAGCUGUGCCUCCACCCAAGCAAAACGGAACCGGCGAUGUUGAACAAUACUCAGAUAGUGAAGAGGAAGAAGAUUUUCCACCUGAGGGCUCCACACACAGUAAAAUUGAUUCUUCAUAUCAAAGACACAGUACAUCGAAAAUCACCAUCACAGAUGCAAGUAGUACAAGCAAAUCAAGACAAAUGCAGGUAAAUGAAACAGUGGAUGUAUUGACUCCGGUGUUUCCAAUUGAAAUGAGCUCUCCAUCAGGAAUCAGUGCAACACGACGUCGACCAAUCAAAGGAGCAGCAGGUCGGCCAAUUCAGUAUAAUUUUGAUGAUCUGGCCACACGGGCUUCGAUGAGAAAUACCUAUAAGGAGAAAAGCAGCUAUUCGGGUACAAAGGAGAAUAAACCAGUACAACGUCUUGUGCCAGUGUGGCUACGAAUCCUCCUGUUCAUCAUUGUGAUAUUAAUCCUCUUUCUGGUCUAUCAGGCAAUGGAAAGUAAUCAGGAGAAUCCUUUUGCAUAUUUCCUGGAGAAAGCCAGCAACCAAGUGUCUCAGCCACAACCUGAAGCUUCGGCCACACCAGACCGCGAGGCAGAGGUGAUUGUGGAGUAGGUGUAUGUGGUAAAAUGACAACAAUCUCUGCAUUAGCUGGUUUAAAGUAGUAAAGCCCUAUUGAGCUUCAUUGCUUUAAAACAAGAAAUGAGGGUUCUAUCACAGUAACCAGAUAUGCCAGUACAUCUGGACAAAAAAAACCUCAAAAAUAAAUACGUCUUCUUCCCUCCAUCAUCCCCUGUUUCCAUUUCUCCCUUAUUAAACAAUGUCAGACCUGUUGAAUUUGUAAGGGAAGGAAAAGGAAAACUUGUCUAAUUUGUUCAAACUGAAUAUAGAGGAAAAAUGCCAAAUUGGUGAAUUUGGGGGGAGGGGGGGGGGCAUAUGUGUUGUAUGAUAUCUGCCUGAUCAUCUAAUUAAUAUAAGGUGCCCAGAUAAUAGGUAAGGUUACAUUUUUCUCUAAACAGAGAUAUCCAUUUCAUUCUUUGGCAAUUACAUUGUUUAACAAUUCCUCUUGUGUUAUAACAUCUGUCUGCUGUGCCAUUUAAUAUUGCAUCCAUUCUUAUAAAUCCCUAAAUUGGUGCCUUGGUCAUUUAGUGUUUUUUUUAACAGGAAAGUCUUGAAACUAGGAUGCCUUUUUAAUCUUUGAAUUUUGCAUGUGUUUCACUGCUGGCAUGACACACAUAGGGACAGCAUUUCUAUAUGUAGCUUAAUAUUAGUACUGGCUUGAUAUGUACUAGUUUAGUGCAGAGGGUUAAAUUAUCAAAUCUUUACGGUCUUUCAAAUGUUUCUUUUUGUUAAAUUUAUGCAUGUAAUUGUCUUAACCAAGAUAUUAAAGUUGGGUUUGUUUGGAAAUACAAUUUUAUAAAUAAAUAUCCAAACUAGUUCAAAUAUUAAUUUUUCCAAACUUUUUGUUAAAGGUUAUUGCCUGUUAAGGUAAAAAAUCUUCAUAGUCAGUACUGUAUAUAUCUUCCCCCGAUUUACCAAUUACAGGUCCACCACCAAUUUUCCGGCAAAUGAUGGUCCCAUCUCCCCCCCCCCAAUCCAAAGUUCCCCCGAAAAUGUGGCGCCUGGGCCCGAUAAAGCAGCUGAUCUCGGCGGGUCAAAUUUCCCCCCUGCAGUUCCCCCUCUGGAACCCUAGCCUGGCUGACACCGGCAGAUCCAUUCCCAAAGCAGACUUAUGCGGCAGAUCAACAGGUGGAAUUUGCUGCCAGCAGCCAGUGCUCUGGAACUCCGGCCUGGCCAGAACCGUUCCCACAGCUGACAUCCAUGGCCGACUUUAUGGGCCGGUAUCUUGGCGCCACCAAGGCCAUGACCUCUGUUGGUCCAGUAAUACGGAUAACACAGCUAGGCUCUGGAACCAAGUGUGCCAGAAAAUUGGUAGUGGACCUGUUUCAUAAUAACAGCAGCCGAACAGUUUCUCCACUUGCAUUUCUUAAAAAUACUGAAAUCACAAUUUAGAAUGUGCAUUUAUUUUACAGGUUUUCUACCUCUUUGCUUUUCUGUUGUCAGCUGGUAAAGAGGGCAUACAGUGCCCUCCAUAAUGUUUGGGACAAAGACCCAUCAUUCAUUUAUUUUGCCUCUGUACUCCACAAUUUGAGAUUUGUAAUAGAAAAAAUCACUCGUGGUUAUGGAGCACAUUGGCAGAUUUUAAUAAAGGGUAUUUUUAUAAAUUUUAGUUUCAUCAUAUAGAAAUUGCAGCAGUGUUUAUACAUAGUCCUCCCAUUUCAGGGCACCAGAAUGUUUGGGACACAGCAAUAUCAUCUAAAUAAAAGUAGUCAUGUUUAGUAUUUUGUUGCAUAUCCUUUGCAUGCAAUGACUGCUUGAAGUCUGCGAUUCAUGGGCAUCACCGUUGCUGGAUGUGUUUUUCUGGUGAUGCUCUGCCAGGCCUGUAUUGCAGCCAUCUUUAGCUUAUGCUUGUUUUGGGGGCUAGUCCCUUUCGGUUUUCUCUUCAGCAUAUAAAAGGGAUGCUCAAUUGGGUUCAGAUUGGGUGAUUGACUUGGCCACUCAAGAAUUUACCAUUUUUUAGCUUUGAAAAACUCCUUUGUUGCUUUAGCCGUAUGUUUGGGAUCAUUGUCUUGCUUAGAAUGAACUGCCGGCCAAUGAGUUUUGAGGCAUUUGGUUGAACUUCAGCAGCUAGGAUGCGUCUAUACACUUCAGAAUUCAUUAUGCUUCUACCAACAGCAGAUGUAUCAUUAAUGAAGAUAAGUAAGCCAGUACCUUCAGCAGCCAUACAUGCCUAGGCCAUAACACGCCCACCACCGUGUUUCACAGAUGAGGUGAUACUUUGGAUCUUGGGCAGUUCCUUCUCGCCUCCAUACUUUGCUAUUGCCAUCGCUCUGAUAUAAGUUAAUCUUCAGAUUAUCUGCCCACAUGACCUUUUUCCCAAACUGUGGUUGCUCUUUUAAUUACUUCUUGGCAAACUGUAACCUGGCCAUCCUAUUUUUGCGGUUAACCAGUGGUUUGCAUCUUUUUGCGGCUAACCAGUGGUUUGCAUCAAUGUGUAGCCUCUGUAUAUCUGUUCGUGAAGUCUUCUGAGGACAGUGGUCAUUGAAAAAUCCACACCUGACUCCUGAAGAGUGUUUCUGAUCUGUCGGACAGGUGGUUGGGGAUUUUUCUUUAUUAUAGAGAUAAUUCUUCUGUCAUCAGCUGUGUAGGUCUUCCUUGGCCUGCCAGUCUCUUUGUGAUUAGUAAGCUCACCAGUACUCUCUUUCUUCGUAAUGAUGUUCCAAACAGUUGAUUUUGGUCAGCCUAAGGUUUGGCUGAUGUUUCUUAACAGUUUUAUUCUUGUUUCUCAGUCUCAUAUUGGCUUAUUUGACUUUCAUUGGCACAACUUUGGUAUUCGUGUUGAUAAACAGCAAUAAAAGUUUCCAAAGGUGAUGGAAAGACUGGGUGCCGAGAGCUCUGUAAAAGGAGGCAUUAAGGAAGCAUUUAAACACACCUGAGCAAUUACAAACACCUGUUAAGCCAUGUGUCCCAAACAUUAUGGUGCCCUGAAAUGGGGGGACUAUGUAUAAACACAGCUGUAAUUUCUACAUGGUGAAACCAAAAUGUAUAAAAAUACCCUUUAAUAAAAUCUGACACAGUGCACUUUAACCACAUGUGAUUUUUUUUUUUCUAUUACAAAUCUCAAAUUGUGUACAGCGGUAAAUAAAUAAAUGAUGGGCCUUUGUCCCAAACAUUAUGGAGGGCACUGUGUAUGUUUCUUUCUCGUGCCCUGUAGACAUCUCUUCCAUCCCCUGCCUCAUUAUUAGUCCAGUGAGCAUUGAUUGAAUCCCUAUGGAAAAUUAACAAAUGACUUGGAUGCUCAUAGCUUCAGAAUUAUCUAAUGGUGAGAUAAGUGAGUGAAAAUAAGGCAUUGGCAGGAGAUGUGUUACUGCAAUGGGUUUAUUGAUCUGAGCACUCUACAAGUGCAGUGAGCAAAGCAUCAUUGCCCAGACUCUGUUUAUGCCCCAUUUCAAAGAGGGCCGUGCAAUAGUAGAUGCUUGGCUGCAACAUCCCUGAAUUGUACAAAAUCGCAGCACAGAAGGAGACCAUUCAGUCAAUUGUCCCAUGUCUCACUAUCUGAAUAUAUGAAGAGAGAGAGAGUGCAAGUUUCCAUUAAACGUCCUGUUAACACAUCCAAGUCAUAGGCAAAUACAUGGAUUAUUCACCACCUCAAGGUUGCAUGUUUUAAGAAAUCUAAGUUUUGUUGGGGUAUCGACAUUAGCCAGCUUGGUGUCUUGAGCUUAUGCUUCCCAAAAGAUUGCAUAUUGUCAAAUAUGAUUGUUGAGGGCAUUUAUGUGUUUACAAGCUAUUUUGUAUUUUUUUUUAAUGUUUUUAAUAAUGGUACAUACAUGGUCACAUGAAGUGCAGAGAUGCAAGGUACACCAGAAAUGGUGGACUUUAUUAAUUUUGGACUUUCCAAAUUAUUAAAUACUUUAUGGCAUAUUCAUAUUUAAUGUUCAUAACCUAAUGAGCACAACAUAUUAACUUUUGUUUAUUAAGCUAAAGAUGUGAAAUUCAGUACAUUUUUUUGCAGACUAUGUAUUUGAUAAUGGUAAGCUAAGAUUUAAAACUUGUGGAACUUCCAGCUUUGUUUACUUAAAUUCCAAUUUAUCUGGCUAUCUUUCCUGAUUUAUAGCUGUUUGCUAUUAUAGUUCGACAAAUGUUUUCGAUGUUAAGUUUUUUUUUUUCCCCAGCAUGAAAAUAAGUUAAAAUAUUCAUAACAGCAUGUCCAUAUUGGUGGUAAGGUGAUAGAACUUGACAUUUUUAAUGUAUCAUUCCAAUUUCUACUUAAAAUUUGAUUACACUUCUUUACAUUGCAUGUGAUUUUGUGUGUGCUUGUUUCUUUUAUGUAUUGAAUCCUGAUCAAUUUUAAUUGGAAAAUUGUCUACACAAACUUAUUUAGAUAAAUUUUAACUGGUCCAGCAAGAAAACAGGCUACUUGACUGUUACAAAUACAGUUUUUUCAAAGAAAAACAAUAUUUUAUCCAGAUAGGUUUGAAUUUCUGAAAAGCUGACAUAAGAUUUCCAUUAUUAUAUUGGCCUAUGAUCCUCAAUAAUGUUAGAACUCAGUAAGUAGUAGGGAAGUCUAUUUUCUAUGUCUAUGCUUGAGUAAUGAAAUACAAAGUUCAUGCACGUACAGUCUUAAAGCGCUUUGCAUUCAUGAAUUUUACUUCAGGAAACCACUGAGGCUGACACGUACAAAAUGUGAACAGAUACUUCUCAAAUCUGAACCACAGACUAGCUGCGCCCAGCUCUUACAGACCUACAAAAACUCGAUUUUUGUGAAAUGACUACAUUUACAAUUUUUAAUUUGGGAAAAAUCUAAACAUGCAUCAUUUUUGAAAGGCUUGUUGAAGAACAAGACUUGAUACAUUUUCAAUAAUUUGCAGGUAUGAAAAAGGCAUUUGUGUCCCUUUUGAUAUUUGGGCAACAGGGAUUUGAAGAAUGGAUUUAAAAGUGGGUGGGAAAAUUGUUGUGAUUCAUUCUUACUCCACUUUGUGCUUUUGGAUACUGUUGAAUUCAUCAUGUUGGUACUUGGAUUAUUUGGCCUCCAUUUGAUACAUGUUUGAAAUGUUAUGAAACACAACUUUAUUGUGUUCAUUGUUGCUGGUUUCUGAAUAAUUUUGAGUUAACCUGGGAUAAUUUUGUCGGGAUCUCAGUUGAUGUAUUUCUUAAUGGGGUUGGCUCUGUUUUGCUGAACAAUUGAGCCCAUAAUUGGGAUCUAAAUUUGCAAUUUCUUUCAUCCAUUUGGCCGACAGGUUACAUUUGAAAUGUUCUGCAUUGUUUUCAUUUGGUGGUGUUUCUCGCUAAAGUGCUCUGUUUGGGAACCUUUGAAAUGCUAUCACCAGCUCUGUUUUGAAUGUGCCUUAUUAAAGUUUCUUAUCCAAAUUUAAAUAAAAUUUGUAUAUUUAAACUGCA